UCCAUUUUGUUCUAUUCCUUCCUUUCUAACCCUCUAUGCAACGAGCAGCAAGCGAGCACGUUGUUUGAACAUAACCCUUAAGCGAUCGCAUAUCUGGCAUAAUUUAACAAGUUGGAUUGGAAAAUCGCUUAAAUUUUUAAUGAAAAGGAUUUAAUUACGUAUCAAUCUACGUAUUAAUUAUCUUCAUAUUCAUCUUUAUUUUUUAUUUUGCAACAUAAAAUAAAAAUUUUGAAAUGAAGAUUAAGGUAGAUAAGAAAGGAAAGAAACGAUCUCUGAGUGAGAUUUCUCUUUCCACAAAGCCAGAACAAAAGCAAGAGAAUAUUACUGAACUGAAGAAAAGUCCUAAAAAAGCCAAACUUGCUUUAGUUCAAAAUGGAAAUUCUACAAUGGGGAAUAAAGUACAAAUUCUCAAAAAAAUGUACAAACAAAAAGAGAAACAGAAAGCAAAAAAAUCAAUUAAUAUAGGACCUUUAGCAAAGAUAAAGGGAGAAGGAGAAAAUAAAUUACCUACUACUAAGCUCAAUGAAGAAUCUGCUACUAAAAAAAUAAAGGAAAAAACACCACAAUUUGAAAAUUUGAAAAAGAAACAAGCAAAGCGUUUACAAAAGAAAAAAAGGAAUAAUGCUUUUCGAAAAUGUGCAUCCAUUACACUUAGCAUAGAACAGAUAGAGGCAAAAAUAGAAGAAAUCAGGAAUAGAGAAGUGUUGUCAAAGCAGGCAAAAAAAAACUUGAAAGUACUUAAUAGAAAGUUGAAAUUUGAGAAAUUAGCAAAUAAAUCUGAGAAAUUAAAUAUAAUAGAAAAGAAAAAUAACAAGAAAAAUAAACAGCAAAUAGGUGCAAUUAAAAAGGUAUCUAAUGAGGAUAAUAAAGAUAAAAUAAAAGUGAAAAAGGAACAUGUUCAACAUGAAAAAAUUAAGAUCAAACGAGAGAUGGAUGAUCAAGAUGAUGAGGAUGAAAAUGAUGAAGAUCAAAGCAAUUCAGAAAAAGAAGAACCUAUGGACAUUGCAAAUGAACAAUUUGAUGAUGAAAGCGAUGAAGAUGAAGAGGAUGAAGAUGCUGAAGAUGAUACAGAUGAAAAAGCAAAUAUUUUGAAAGGAAAAAAGGAAGAUGUAAAAAAGAUGAAAAAACAAGUAAAAGAUCAGAAGAAUCAACAUUUCCUUUAUGUAUAUAAUUUACCAUUAGAUGUGACCGAAGAUGAACUCAAACAACAUUUCUUGACCAAGGUUGAUACUGUAUCCAGAGUUGUGAUAAAUAAAUCCAAUAUAAAAAAACCUCCUAUAGUUGCAUAUGUGUGGAUGACUAAUAGUACAGAUUGCAAGAAAGGACUCUCGCUACAUCAUACAUUCCUUAAAAACAAACGGAUUAUUGUAAAAAUGAAAUCCAAUGAUAACAAAAAUGUUGGCAAAGAUUUUGGUAUUCAUUUGCCAACAAGCCAGCAUGCAAUUGCCAAGAAUAAGAAGCCGCAAGCGUUUCAAAAAGCUAAAAAAUUAGCUAGUGGAAACCAGGGACAGAAGAAAUCAUUGAAGAAGGAAAAAUAAUAUUAAAGAAUAAAAAAACAUAUAACAAUAAAAGUUAUAUAAAAUGAAUAAAAUAAAUAAUCCAUAAAGCGAUUAUUUGCAAGAUUAUAGUUUGGAACAUUUAGUAUUAUAUUAAGCAACUUUAGAAUAGAAUUUUCAUAUUAAUGAUACAGGACUGUUUUAUCACAUAACACAUAUAUUGUAUUUUCUAUAGUCAUUUGGUCUAUAUAUUAAAUGUAAUCUGUUUCAUAAAUGUAAUCUGUAUUACAAUAAUCAUAUUUUUAUCAUACAUUUAUCAUAUAUCUCAUAUGUAUAAAUUAUUGAGAGAAUUUUGUUGCAUGUAAGAAUUAGUCAUGCAACAAUUCUUUUUUUAUAUAGUUAUUUGGAUUAAUUAUAUAUAAAAUACUUGUAAAUAUAUCGCAAUAAAUCGUUAGUAAACUUAUCAAA